GUGCAUUUGAUUUAACUUGAUGCUUGCAAUUUUGGGGCUAUUCUAUUUAUUCCAUACUAGGUAGAUUAAAUAUAUUGUAUUGCAAAUAUUUCAGUCAUUAGUCAUUUAUUGAGGUUGCUGUCUUUUUUUACCACUCCCAUUGAACACAGAUCACUUCAGAUAAGGCCCUAUUGGUCUUUGAACUUCAGCUGUUGAGACAUCGCUCGCCGGUGAACAUAGUUCUGACAGACAAUUGCAAGUUUGGUGCUGAAGUGUGGAAAAGGGUGAUAGUAAUCACUGAAGAUUAAUAAUGUCCGUCCACGAGCCAAAAGACAAAAACAAUGGUGUGUGGCUGAUCUUUUUCAUGCUGGGCUUAGGAACUCUCCUGCCAUGGAACUUCUUUAUGACAGCCACCAUGUAUUUUACCAGCCGUCUCAGAGACCCCUCCCAAAUGGGCACCAACCUGUCAGGCAAUGGGACUGGGGGAGAAGGGGACAACCGUAGCCUUUUGGAAGCCAAGUUCAAUAACGUAAUGACACUUUGUGCCAUGGUGCCUUUACUGGCCUUCACCUGUCUCAACUCAGUCCUGCAUCAAAGGAUUCCUCAGAAGUUUCGGAUCAUGGGCAGCCUGGCAGUGAUUUUGGUGGUGUUUCUUCUGACAGCCAUUUUGGUUAAAAUAGAGAUGGCACCCCUCCCCUUUUUCACGUUGACCAUGAUCAAGAUUGUCAUCAUAAACUCCUUUGGCGCUAUCCUGCAGGGCAGUCUGUUUGGCAUGGCAGGCAAACUGCCUACCAAAUACACUACACCCAUCAUGAGUGGGCAAGGCCUGGCGGGAACUUUCGCUGCCUUCUCCAUGAUCUGUGCUAUCGCAAGUGGCUCGGAGAUAAAUGACGCUGCUUUUGGAUACUUCAUCACAGCCUGUGCAGUGAUCUUAUUGGCCAUAAUAUCCUAUGUGGUCCUCCCUAAACUGGAGUUCUACCAAUAUUACAAGACCCAAAGUGGAAACAGAGUUAGUGAUGAGAAGAACAAGCUGGAACUACUCAAGAAAGAAAAUGCAGCAGAGACUAGACCAGUUUUCAAUAAAGGAGAAGAGGAGCAAAACGUGUCCAUGUUGACCAUCUUCAAGAAGAUCUGGGUCCUGGCUCUCUCUGUGUGUUUUGCCUUCACCAUCACCAUCGGCACCUUCCCGGCAGUCACUGUGGAUGUCAAGUCUACCAUCGCUGAUGGAGGCACCUGGGAGCUGUACUUCAUCCCGGUGUGUUGUUUUCUGCUCUUCAACCUCAGCGACUGGGUUGGGAGAAGCCUUACUGCUGUGUGUAUGUGGCCUGGGAAGGACAGCAAACUGGUGCCCAUUCUUCUGGUGGCCCGUGUGAUCUUCGUGCCGCUCUUCAUGCUGUGCAAUGUUCAGCCCCGAUACAACCUGCCUAUCUUCUUUGAACACGAUGCCUGGUUCAUCGUCUUCAUGAUAGUCUUUGCCUUUUCCAAUGGAUACCUGGCCAGCCUUUGCAUGUGCUUUGGGCCCAAAAAAGUUGCUGUUCAUGAAGCGGAGACAGCUGGAGCCAUUAUGGCCUUCUUCCUGUCCCUGGGUUUGGCUCUGGGAGCGUCCCUCUCAUUCCUCUUCAGAGGCCUGGUCUAAAAUGGCGCCCUGUAGAGAACAUGACCCAAAACCCAAAAUUGACCUAUAAAACUUGCAUUGUAACAAAUUGUCUGAAAUGUAUUUAUUUAUUUUUUAAACAAGCGAUACCGAUUCACCUCAAAUCUGGUCUUCCAAAUAACGGAAGGUGGCAAGCAGCUUAAGGCCAGGAUUCCAUCCGAUAGCACUUUGUUGGCUAUGCACUAUUUAAAGGUAAUUUUCCGAUUGUACCGACAUAUACAGCGUUUACCGUGAAUGCGGUCUCCGCGAACGCAGGAACAUUACCUUUAACAGCCGGUUGUGUGAGAAUUAUUUUGUUUGAAAGCUACCAAACUAACCAAAACUGAAUUAAGUAGAGCAUUCGUGAAAUUAGGCAUCUACAGGUUCCUACUAUCCAUGGGAGAUCACAUGCAAUUCAGUGCUUCCCUUUUGAUUCUGUAGUAUUCCAAUUUGAAUCCUUAUGAAGCCAUGAAUCCUUAUGAAGCCAUGGGGCAGCAGGUAGCCUAUUGGUUAGAGCAUUGGACUAGCAACCGAAAGGUUGCAAGAUUGAAUCCCCGAGCUGACAAGUUAAAAAUCUGUCGUUCUGCCCCUGAACAAGGCAGUUAACUCACUGUUCCUAGGCCAUCAUUGAAAAUAAGAAUUUGUUCUUAACUGACUUGCCUAGUUAAAUAAAGGUGAAAUAAAAAAAAAUGCUCAAUACGAAGCAAACACAAUUUACGGAUAUAUUAACUCCCAUUUAUUGGCAAAUAUUUUUAAUCAGUAUGAGUGCAAUAUACAGUAUAAUCAUGAAUAACACAAUCCCUACAAGAAAGUGAUGUGCAGUGAGAUCGCCUCAGCGAGAUAACAUUGCAACAAGCAGCACGGCAGAUAUUGAGAUGAGCACGAAUCUGCCAGUGGGAGGACCUAUAGGAGGACGGGCUCAUUGUAAUGGCUGGAAUGGAAUAGAUGGGAGUCAAACAUGUGGUUGGAUACCGUUUCAUCCCGUCCUACUAUAGCUCCUCCCACAGCCUUCUCUGGUAUCUGCGCAUGUGCAUGGGGGCACAUCACGCUGCCACAAUGGGACCAAAACAGUUACAACACUCUUAGUUGUUGUGGAAAUGUACCUGAUAUAGUGUUUACUUUGUGCAUGCAACGUCAUCUCACUGAGUCUAUCUUUAGUCAUGUGCCCUAACGAGCUGACAAACAUGGACAAAGCCAAAUCAUCUCCAGGCCAUGGUCAUUUUGACAGCCUCCAUUUUUUGUUAAGAAAUGACACAAAGAGCUUUGUUACAAUGACUGUCUUUGCAAACUGCCAUAUCUCCAUGAUUUUUUAAAAUGUUGCUUACGGUAGUGUAUUGUUAAUGUCUUAAUGGAGUGUCACAAAAACAAUAUAGUUUCACUUUAAAUUAUGACAGUAUGAUUAGCAGCCUUAAAAAGCCUACUUUACAGUAGCAGGAGAUGAGGAGAACAAUAUCUUGAAUCUAUACCUAGCGGGGUAUCACUUAAAUGUUAUGUUCUAAUGUACAUACAGUCAUGUGAAAAAGUAAGUACAUCCCCUGGAAAGUAGUAUUGUUUUUGUAAAUAUUUGGACAGAUGGAUAUGUAAUCUUCACUUCAACACUAUUGGCAGAUAAAGGUAACUUAAAUGAAACUGAAAGAUUAUAUUUUGCAAUCAUUUAUUCAUUAAAAAAAUAGACAGAAAUACAAUUCCAUAGUGCGGAAAAAAUAAGUACACCCCUAGCUUCAAUAACUGGUGUUGCCUCCUUUGGCAGAAAUAACUUAUUGUAGCCAUUUCUUUGAACUGUCUAUCAGUCUCUUAUAUCGACUGGGAAUAAUUUUUUCCCCCACUCUUCUUUACAGUACUGCUUCAACUGUGUCACGUUCGAGGGAUGUCUUGCAUGCACGGCCUGGUAUAAUAUGGAAUUCAUGGUUGACUAAAUGAUGGCAAGUUGGCCAGGCCCUGAGGCAGCAAAGCAGCCCCAAACCAUAAUGCCACCACCUCCAUGCUUUACGGUUGGUAUGAGGUUCUUCUGUUCAAAGGCAGUGUUUUGUUUUCACCAAAGAUGGUGUCUGGAAUUGCGGACAAAAAACUCCACCUUUGACUCAUCUGUCCAGAGCACAUUGUUCCAGUAGUUUUGGUCCUUACCCAGGUGUUGUCUGGCAAACGUCAGUCUUGUCUUGAUAUAAUUUUUUGAGAGCAGAGGCUUCUUCCUUCCUGACCUCCCAUGUUGGCCAAGUUUGUGCAGUCUCUUUCUGACAGCACUUCGAUAUUGAUUGUGACAAGAGAGGCCUGUCGAUGCCUUGAUGUUACCCUGGGGUUCUUAGAGACUUGUAUGAGCAUCUUUCGGUCAGCUGAAUUUGGUGGGACGACCUGUCCUAAAUAGACUUCCAGUGGUCUGUAAUUUUCUCCAUUUGUAGAUGAUCUAUCGGACAGUGGAACGAUGCACUUCAAAUUGCUUGGAAAUGGAUUGUAACGCCUCCCAGACUCACGGGCAUCAAUAAUCUUUCUUCUGAGGGCCUCAGAUAGGUAUUUUGAUCUUUGCAUGAUGUUACCACACACACAUAUGUUUAAGACCCUCCCAAGGUACUCUCUAAUGAUUUCCUAAUCAUUUGCACCUGUUUUGUUGCACCUGAUCCUAAUUUUAGCCACUUUAGGUGAUGGUAAAGGUAGGGGUGUACAAAUUUUUUCUGCAUAAGGAAAUUGCAUUUUUGUUUAUUUUAAUUGCAUAACACAAGUACUUUUUUUGUGUGAUGUGAUAAACUGGGUUACCAUUUAUCAAUGAAUGUGGUUUGAAUUUAGCUCAAAUAUCCAUGUGUCCAAAUAUGUAAAAAGAAAUGUAUUAAAAAAUGGCCACUUUCCUUCUCUGUCGCAGCCUGCCGCGACCGGGAGGCCCAUGGGGCGGCGCACAAUUGCCCAGCGUCGUCCGGGUUAGGGAGGGUUUGGUCGGCAGGGAUAUCCUUGUCUCAUCGCGCACUAGUGACUCCUGUGGCGGGCCGGGCGCAGUGCAUGCUGACCAGGUCGUCAGGUGUAUGGUGUUUCCUCCAACACAUUGGUGCGGCUGGCUUCCGGGUUGGAUAGGCAUUGUGUCAAGAAGCAGUGCGGCUUGGUUGGGUUGUGUUUCGGAGGACGCAUGGCUCUCGACCUUCGCCUCUCCCGAGUCCGUACGGGAGUUGCAGCGAUGAGACAAGACUGUAACUACUACCAAUUGGAUACCAAGAAAUUGGGGAGAAAAAAGGGGGUAAAAUAAUAAAAAAACUAUUUUUUAAAUGACCACUUUCCAAAGGGUGUACUUACUUUCUCACGACUGUAUGUUACUGUGUAUAGCAAAUAAGAGAACACUACCUCUUCUAUUUUUGUAUAGCUUUGAUAACUCAUGCCCUCACCUUCCCACCAAUGCUCUCACCGUCCCACCAAUUUAAGCAUGUUUUUUUUUUCUUUGCCAGUAUGAGAUAUGGAGGAAAGGGAAAGUAAUGCAGCAUUACUUUAAUGCUUCACUGCACUUUGAAUAGAGUAGGCGACAAUGUCAUGUAAGAAUCACUGUACCAAAACAUCACUAUGAACUUUAUAAAUAAAAAUGGAACCAUG